UCCCUCAUUCUGGCAAUGAAACGUUGGCAACCCUAGCUCCAGCCAUACACCCCUUUGCAUAUGAUAUCAUGCACAAGAGAUGCGACCAGAGCCACAGAACGGCCACGAAAGCCCUCCAGAGCUCGUUCCCAGCUGGCAUUUGCUGGAUGGGUAUAUCUAUUUUCCUUUUUCUCCCCACACCAAGGGAAUCAAGGCCAGGACAAAAGUACCAUGAAGUGGAAUCUUUUAAUUUUAUUUAUGUUUACAUUUAUAUCCCACUCUUCCUCCAUGGAGCCCAGAACUGCGUGCCUGGCAGCAGGGAGGAAAUUGCUUCCAGUGAAGCAACGGCUGAGCGGAAGCGUUCUCUAGGCAAAGACUACCAUUCCCUUUGUCUGAAGUGCUACCAUUGCAGAAGGCAGCUCAGCCCUGGCCAGCACGCUGAGUAUGAUGACAAGCCCUACUGCACCUAUUGCUAUCUUCAGCACUUUGGACCAAGAGGAACAAGACCACUAUCAGCCAGCUCUUCCUUUACUACAUCUCCUUCUUCUAAGGUUCCAUCUGCAGUCCGAAAGACCUCUUAAAUGUUCUUGCUUUAUUUUGCUGUGGAGUGAUGAUGUACUGAAUAAUGUUCAAGUAGCAAGUUAAACAUUUUAAGAAUUUCAUUUGAUGAAGAAUGUGUAUCUAACAUAAUUAAUAAUGUUAACCAUUAACAAGGAGCCAGCAUGGUGUAGUGGUUAGAGUGACUAGGACCAGGGAGACCCGAGUUCAAAUCCCCACUCAGCAUGAUACUAGCUGGGUGACUCUGGGCUAGUCACUUCUCUCUCAGACCAACCUACUUCACAGGGUUAUUGUGAGGAGAAACUCAAGUAUGUAGCACACCGCUCUGGGCUCCUUGGAGGAAGAGCGGGAUAUAAAUGUAAUAAUAAAACAAACAAACAAACAAACAAACAAACAAGAUUAGACAACUUCCCAAGUAGAGUUACCUUUACUGCUGGUUAAGACAGUAUCUUUGCCAAAAUAUAUGUUAACAUAUUGUAAUAAAUAUUGAUGGGCUGAAUAUAUGUAUAAAUUAUACAUAAAUACAUAAAUAUAUGUAUAAAUGGGAAUAUUCUUAACAGUAAUUUGGCUAAGGGAUAUGCCCAUUUGGUUCAUGUUGACAAUGUACAAUAAAGCUUUGGUGAACAAUUAAGGUUUAUCAUUCUUCUUUGAUAAGCAUUCUUCUAUCAUUAUAUCAUUCUUCUUUUCCAGCAUCGUAUCAUGUAAUCCCAGGCGGGGUGGGUGUGGGGGGUGGGUGGAAGUUGUUGGGAACCCCAACAUUCACCCCAGAGCUACCAACCCAGAACUAUAUGGAAUUCAGGCCUGUGUCUAGUUUAAUUUUAGUAAGACAGGAAUUAAUGCCUGGACUCAGGGUGAAUUGACACCCAGAUCUGCCUGGGUAAUGCCUGGUAAAUGAAUUGUAGAGGCAGGGGUAAUCUAGCAUUGGUUAUCAGUGUUUGUGGAACUCACAAGAGACACAAUGGGUCAGGCUUAAUUACCAGUCUCACACUGCUGGAAUUAACCUGCUGUCCAGUAAUCCCCCUUACCUCACUGACAGGAUGCUUCUGCCUUAGUCAAAUGUGUUGAUUAACUUGCCUCACACAUGUACCCCCUUUUUAUGUUACUUUAAAUAUUCUCUUGUUAUAAUUACACACUAGAUAGAGGUACACAAGAAAUAAUGUAAUUGCUGUCUCACACAAAUAGAACUAAUUCUCUCGCUAACUCCUGACUUUUAACACCUUUUGGGACCAGGCUAGCAAAUCUGGGACAAGAGAAGGGGCCCAUUUGCAACUCAGAGAUGCAGAUUUACUUUGGGCAAUGUCCCCUCCUCAAGAUAGCAGCUAACAGAAGAUGAGAUUAAGAUCUCUCUGGACUGGCUGAAUAAUUAAAAGAUGAUAUCCAGAAGGUAACAGCAAGUUGUCACCUUUUUGGGGACCUAGGAAAAGAUGAGAUUUGAAUAGACUCUGUGAGAGAUCAAAGGAAAAUACAACUAUAAAGAACAGGCUUACUGGACAGAGAGCUGGCAGUCUUGUGCCUACACGCAAUCUUGUGCCUACAAGCAAGAUCUGCUCACGAGCAAUCCCAGAGUUUGCUGCUAAGCCACGGGGCAACAAGCAGGAACUCUGUCCAUGGACAGGAACUGUCUGUGACUUCCACUGUGCAGUGAAAAGUCAAGACUUCCCCAGCUAUGGUGCUCUGACUCUCAGCUGUGCUCUGAGCAAACUGCAUGCUUGAUCCAAAAGCUCCUGUCUCCAGCCAGAAGCCUCGCUCCUUCAGCUGAAAGAUCCACCGCUCUCAAGCCUCUCCUGGUAAUAAAGCCUGGUAAUAUGCUGCCUCUACAAGCCUUGGAUCCCUCCAUCCUUUCCACCUUCUUCUCCUUUCCCCUUGUCCCUCUACUAAUUCCUGAUAUCCCCAACCCAUGCCAGUCCUCAACCUUCCUUACCUCCCCCCUUUCCAUCUAUAUCUGAAUUGCACUAGGCUCUAGGAAGAUUUAAUACACACACAUAUGUUAGUUAGGAACACUGGGUGAAUAUUGAUGCUGGCUAGGGUUGAAAUACUGUUAGUAAUACUGAUAGAAUGUUUUGCUUUCUGCUCAGUUAGAUUGAUGUUGUUAUUCUUUUAUACUCAAUAAAGCCCAUUGAAUCAUU